AUGAACGCAUCAGUGAGCGCUGUCAACAUGCUAAAGGGAUUGUAUUUCUUUGUUGCUGUAUUGGCAGGAUGCCAUGCAGCUGUAACGUCUGAUGUCCAACGAAGCGGGAGUGUAAAUCGCUACUUUGUAUAUACAAGAGCAAAUAUUUUUGAACCAAGGGAAAUUUUGUUAAAUGACCCUACAACAAUAACGGAAUCAGGGAUCAUAAACACCCACGACACAGUCGUAAUUGUUCAUGGACACCAAGCAAGUGCUUUUAAUUCACUCAAUCCGACUUUAAAGAAUGCUUAUCUACAGAACUAUGAAGUGAACGUGAUCGUAGUUGACUGGUCAAUAUAUGCUAGAAAGAGCUAUUCAUCGGCUGUAUCGGCAGUGCCUAGUGUUGGAACAUAUUUGGGAGAUCUUAUCUCGAUUUUAAUAAAUGCUAACCUAGUGGAAUUAAAUAGAUUACACCUAAUAGGGUUCAAUCUAGGUGCACACGUUGUUGGUUUUGCUGGAAGGAAACUGCAAGGCCAAGUUGCAAGAGUAACUGGUUUGGAUCCUUCUGGAAAACAAUGGGGUAGCAAUUCAGGCCGAUUGACUUCCUCCGAUGCACGCUAUGUGGAAAUUAUUCAUACUGAUACACAUGGUAUUUUUGCUAAUGGCAUCGGUACUGCUUUAGGCCACAUUGACUUUUAUCCUAACGGUGGCAGCAAUCAACCAGGUUGCCUACUAUCUAACUCUUGUAGCCAUAAUCGUGCCUGGGAAUUUUUCGCAGCCACAUUACUCGCAAACCACCAGCUAUUAGGAAAUAAUUGUGCAUCUACUUCACAAUUAACGUUGAAUCGGUGUAACGGUGAUCGUCUUGCAAUGGGCACAAAUUCAUAUUCUAAAUUAGGAGGCGGAAUCUACAGAGUCAAUACCGGCACGAGCUAUCCUUUUUAA